CAAGGCGCUCAUAAACUGAAACAUAAUUGAUCCCAGCAGUACAGUAAUCACCGCCGUUUCUACUCUGAUCUCGGCGCGCUGCCGAGCGGCUCGACCUGAUAUUUCUUAACAACGAGUAUGCGCUUAAAAGAAGGCAGAAAUAAAGUAUUUCCCAAAUCAAACAUGGCCGUGUAAAGCGCAACGUCAGGGAAACGCAAAGGCUGAUCUAACCAAUAGCAAAUAAGCGAGUAAUCACUUUUACCUAGUGGGAGCUCGUUUCUAUUGGUUGUUGUCUCCAACACCACCCAUUUACUUAGUCUAUCUGUGACGCCUUCGAUUGCUUUUUUUUUUACUGGGCAAGUCAUCUGAAUGCCGUAUCUGAUUGGAUGAGAGAGCGACUCGGCUCCGCCCUGCGGGAGUGUGUUUGUCCUUGACUGUGUGCGUUUGAGAGAAGCAGGCACAGGCUCAGAAGUGUUAAUAUGGCGCAGCCGGAGAUUGAGGGUUUUACUCCUAGUACGUAUGACAGUGAGGGCUUCAAGAGCAAAUUCAUAAGGAAAGUGAAGGAGAACCCGUUUGUACCUAUUGGGUGUCUUGCCACAGCUGGAGCUUUAACCUAUGGCCUCAUAUCUUUCAAGCAAGGAAAAACCCGUCAGUCUCAGCUUCUGAUGCGCACCCGUAUACUUGCCCAAGGAUUUACAGUUGCUGCUAUCAUGGUUGGUGUGGUUAUGACUGCCAUGAAGCCUCGUGACACCCUCAAGUGAGAGAAACAGUACCAAGCACCCACUGAAGUAACGCAAUGUCUGACUUAAAGCUUUUCUUAUGCUUGCAACAUAGACUGUACAGUGGUUACAAGAAAUGCAGCUUUGGUACUGGCUGCACUCUUAUUUAAGAAGUGUAUUUUAUAUGUUAAAUAAAUCUGCCAUAUAAAAUA